AUGGGACAGCGAAAUUCUCGUGUUAUUCCGGUAAAUGAUGGCGCGGUGUACGAUCACCAUCCCAGUACACCCCCAACACCCGACACCGACAAGGCGGAGCAACACUUCCAUCCGUGCGAUGAGCCGCCUGUCGAUGCCGGUGAGGGAGACGCCCAGAGGAGGGAGGAGGAGGAGCGGAGGGAGGCAUGGGGUGAGGAGGAGGAGGAGAUGAAGAAGAAGAGGAAAAAGAAGUUCUGGAGGCUGCCCUCUUUCCUCAAAGCUGCCAGAAAACACCUCAAGGUGAUCCGACCGAGUCAGACUGAGGUGCAGCUUAUUGAGCCACCAUCGCCAGCCAGCAGCGCUGAUGAUGACAUUAUGUGCCGCUAUGAGCUCGGUGAUCGUCUGGGGGUAGGCGGGUUUGGUGUCGUUCAUGAAGCGAGUCGUGUGGAGGAUGGCCUUAAGGUGGCAUUGAAAGACGUCAUGAAGACCCAUGACAUGGAAUAUCUAACUAUUCCUGGUCAUCCAAACCCCCUCCCAGUGGAGAUCGCCCUUACACUCUUGGCCAACAAGGGACCCAGCGCACCAGAGAUUAUAAAGCUGCUGGACUGGCAGGACCAACGGGACAACUAUGUCAUGGUCCUCGAGUGUCCGUCACCGUGUGAGAACUUAGUCAGUUUCUUGGAGGGCCACGGAGGAAGAAUCGAAGAAGGUUUAGUUCGGCACAUCAUGCGGCAGGCAACGCGGGCGGCUCGCACAUGUUGUCGCCGUGGGGUAUUCCAUGGAGACAUAAAGUUGGAAAACUUCAUUGUGAGCAAGGACACCCUGCAGGUCAAGUUGAUCGACUUUGGGUGUGGGGACCUCAUGAGAAAGUCUGCCUACACGACAUUUCCAGGCACCAUGGAGUACUACCCUCCUGAGUACAGGGUCAAGGGCAAGUACCAUGCGAAGUCUGCAAUGUCGUGGUCUCUUGGGGUCAUCUUGUUCACAAUGCUUUGCGGCCGUUUUCCAACUGGCAAUGACCUGCAGAAGACCGAACUAAACCUUUGGUCAGAGCCUGGACUGUCAAAGGACUGCUGCAGUUUGAUCUGUAGUCUGCUCCAGCAUAAAACUAAGCGACGGCUCGGUCUGGGGAAGAUCCUUCAACACGACUGGUUUCAGGUCUCCAUAUAAGUCGUGGCGAAAAGGAGCUUCGACCCCAGACAUUUCCCAGUCUCCUGUCAGCUUUGCAUCUUGACGGCUGGCAGGAAGACUGUUCAUUCCUCUGUGAAUCCUCUGCAUCUUGCGGAGCCGGCAGGCCAUGGUUGCAUCUUAUGCUAUGGCCAGAAGCAGCAGUAUUGCGUCUGUCAUUACUGCUUGCUUGGGGAUGUGUAUAUAUGUAUAUAGUUUUUUUUCUCAGAGCCUGCAUGGUCUAAAGGUAAGAUCUUCAUUUAAAUUUGUUCUUCCAGAGUAGACCUCACAUCUAAAUAGCGCAAAUGUAAAAGCUUCAGGUCAUAAUCAGAUGUCUUUCCCAUGUUUCUGCACAGAAUGCUGCUGAACCAGAGGUUCCUGCCAUGGACAGCUUAAAGGCAUGUAAUGGGCUUCCUCGUCUCAGAGCUCCACUGCCCUGGUUCCUCAGCGGUUCCUCUCAUGGCUACCCACAAGUCCAAGGUUUGAUGUCCCAGAGGUUCCUUCUACGGUGCUCCAGGUCUCUCAGUCUUGCUGCUCUGGUACCAGAACUUCCUGUAGUGGCUACCUGGUCUUCAACACCUUGUC